UGGAGCAUCGUCGUCAAACAGCAAGUGAACGAGUCCGAGAUAGACGUUCCCGAGCAGACCACCAAGGCGUACGACUACCGCAAGCACUCGACGCCCAGCCCGUGGCAGUUCGCCAACCUGAGCAGCUACUCGGUGCGCAUGGCGACGCCGGCCUGCAAGUUCUGGAACGACACCACCCAGCAGUGGGCCACCAACGGCUGCAAGGUGAGCCCGCUCACCAACACCCACUUCGCGCACUGCCUCUGCAACCAUCUGACGGCGUUCGGCAGCGACUUCGCCGUGCCGCCCAACACCAUCGACUUCGCGGCGGCCUACUCGAACCUGGGCGCCAAGCUGCGCGACAACUUCGCCGUGCUGGUGUUCGUGUGCUGCUGCGUGGCCAUCUACCUGGUGCUGGUCGUCUGGGCGAGACGCAUGGACCGGCGCGACGUCCAGAAGUGGGGAGUGACGCCGCUGAGCGAUAACGCCGCCGACGAGCGCUACCUGUACCAGACGGUGUUCACGGGGAUGCGCGGCUCAGCCGGCACCCGGUCGCGGGUCAGUCUGGUGGUCAGCGGAGACAGGGACGACACCGGCGUCCGCCGGCUCACCGACGGAACCUCCCGGGAGCUGAGCCGCGGCUCGGUGGUGCACUUCCUGAUGAGCACGUCCGGCCCGCUGGGUCACCUAGACUACAUCCGCGUGUGGCACGACAACUCGGGUCCGGGCCGCCACGCCGGCUGGUACCUGGACAAGGUGGUCAUCAAGGACCUGCAGACGGACGCCGUUUCGUUUUUCGUCUGUGAGCGCUGGCUGGCGGUGGAUGAGGACGACGGGAUGAUCGAGCGGAUGGUGCCGCGCUCGGGCCGCGAGGAGAUCACCUCCUUCUCUCAGCUUUUCUCCAGCACCACCAAGAAAAACCUCACCGACGGACACCUGUGGGUCUCCAUCUUCGUGCGGCCGCAGCGGUCCAACUACACGCGCGUGCAGCGGCUCUCGGUCGUGAUGGCGCUCAUGUUCCUCACCAUGUGCGUCAACGCCAUGUUCUACAAGACCGAGCCGGCCACAUCCAAGACGCUCAACCUCGGCUUCCCAAUCACCACCUUCCAGAUCUGGGUGUCGCUGAUCGGCUCGGUGAUCGUGCUGCCGCCGUCACUGCUGAUCGACAAAAUAUUCCGGAUGUCGCGUCCUCGCCGCAGCGCCGCCGAGCGCCGUGCCGAGCAGCAGCUGGAGCGCGUGCGGCAGACGUUCGGCGGCGCCAGGAAGGCCAAGAAGAAGCGCUCGCUGCCGCACUGGUGCGUCUACGUGGGCUGGCUGCUGGUGCUCGGCGCCGCCGGCACGUCCGCCUUCAUGGUGUUCUCGUACAGUCUGCAGUGGGGCCGGGACAAGUCGCUCAGCUGGCUGAAGGCGAUGCUGCUCUCCGUGGUGCAGAACGUCUGCUUCAUCCAGCCGGCCAAGGUGUUCUGCGUGGCGCUCGUGUUCAGCAUCCUCUGCAAGAAGCCCGACACGGAGGCCGUGGACGACGAGACCGCCCUGGAGAAGGCGCUGCCGGCCGACGACGAGCAGUUGGUUGGCGGCCGGCCGCGGUCAGGGAGACGAAAGAAGGUGGCGGCUAUCCCCAUCGAUCACGAAGCUUUGGCACGAGCUCGCCAAAAACGCUUGGAAGAAAAGGAGAUGCUUCUCCUCAUGAAACAGAUGUGUACUUACAUUCUGUUUUUGUUGUUUCUUCUUUUUCUAGCGCAGCAAAAUCGAAAUCCAAAUGCAUUUCUUAUCAAUAACAACUUGAAGAAUAUGCUUGUGGAUUCACGAUUUACGUCGAUCUCGCUGCCGCGGCACUUUUACGCCUGGCUGAGGAGCACCUACGUGAGCUCCGUGUUCUGGGAGGAGCACUACAACGGCGAUCGUCUGGCACCGGCCGACCGGCCCUUCAUGGCCGACAUGGUGACACUGCGCCUGGGGCCGGCCAGAAUCCGCCAGGUCCGCAUCCAACCCGACCAGUGUAGCGUCCCAGGCAUCAUGAGGAGCCUCCACGACGAGUGUAACGUGGAGUACUCGUGGACGAAGGAGGACAAACAGCCGUACAACGUGUCCUGGGUGCCCGUCAACGUCACCUCCAAGGAGCAGCUGGACAAGAUGCAGUCUCCCUGGGUCUACAAGUCGAUGAUGGAUCUAGACGGGGCGCCACACUGGGGUCUGCUGAACACGUACAACGGCGGCGGCUACCACGCCGAUCUGCUCGGCUCCGGCGCGCAGACCGAGCGGCUGUUCGCCGAGCUCGAGCGGCACGGCUGGAUCGACAAGUUCACCCGGGCCGUGUUCAUCGAGUUCACCGUGGUGAACACGUACGUGAACCUGUUCAGCCGCGUCUCGCUGGUGGUCGAGUUCAGCAACUCGGGCAACACGUUCAACUCGUACACCAUCACCACCUUCCAGCUGUUCAACUACGUCGGUCCAGACGCCAUUUGGAUCAUGGUAUGUGAAGCCAUCGUCGUCCUAUUUGUCCUGUAUUUUCUCGUCACCGAGAUCAAGAAACUCCAAAAGCAAAAGAUGGCGUAUUUCUCGGAGUUCUGGAACACCUUAGAAUUCAUCAAGCUCAUACUGGCAAUAACAAGCAUUGCCAUGUAUGCGAUGAAAAAUAUAUAUGUUCACGUCGCCCUAGGAAAUCUUUUCGAAAAGCAAGGCGAGUUCAUCAACAUGCAGCGGAUGGCUGCCUGGAACGAGACGUUCGUGUUCCUCAUCGCCUUCGUCUGCUUCGUCUCCAUCCUGGAGGUGAUGCACCUGCUCCGCUUCAACGCCAACAUGUCCAUGCUGGCGCUGACGCUGAAGCGCUCCACCAAGGAGCUCGUCUACUUCUCCGUCACCUUCUGCAUCACGUUCCUGGCGUUCGCCCAGUUCGCCUUCCUUGCAUUUGGCACCAGCAUGAAUUUGUACAACAACUUCAUGUUUACGGUGGAAAAUCUCUGCACCCAUCUGCUCGGCGACAUUGACUUUGAGACGAUGUACGAGACGCACGGCGGCCUCGGCGUCUGCUUCUACCUGGCCUUUGUGCUCAUCAUGACGUUCAUCGUGCUGAAUAUGUUCCUGGCCAUCCUGGGCGACUCCUUCACCGACGUCAAACAGGAGCUCAAGGAGGCCCGGAACCAGUACGAGCUGCUCGACUUCUGCAAGGGCAUCGUCAUGGAUAUGCUGGGGAUGCGCCGUAAGCCGGCUGCGGGUCUCGACCCCACGCUCCCCGCCGUCCCGGAGGACGAUGCCGGGGCCGAUGGACCGCGGGAGGAGCGGCCCGCCGCACCCCGGGAGGCCAGGAGCGCCAAGGUGGCGCCCUCCCCGGUCACCGGCGAGGCAUACGUGCCGAGCACAGCGCCCUCGUUCCUCGCCCUGGGCGUGCCGGCGGCGGCCGCCUACCUCCCAGAGGGCGCCGCUGGCGGCGCAGAGGCCCGUCCGCCGGGCGCUGCGGACCUCACUCCGGUCCACCGGCUCGGCGGGGCGCCGGAUGACAGCCAGCCAGCAGAUCAUGUCCCAGCCAGAGAGGUGUCGGCGACUGUCCGCGGGUCCCCGGCGCCGGCGGAGGACCGGGACGGGCCGGCAGUCCGGGCUCCGGUCGAGGUGCGGGUGCACUCGCCGCCUCCGGAGCACCCCGCUGACGCUCCGGAGGGCGAGGAGGCCCCGCCGGAGGCCGCUGCUGGCGCAGAGACCCGGCCCGAUACCGCAGGAGGCGCCGAGGGAGGCGCAGCCACAGCAGUUGUCGCAGAAGGUGCAGAAGACGUGGACACAGAGGCGGCGGUGGACGGUACCACAGACGGUUCUGCUGAGGCUGCCACUGCCGCCGCAGACGCCGAGGACGGCCACGCGAGGCUGGGUCGUCUCAGUGCGCGCUCCCAGCAGCUGCUCCGCCAGAUCUGGCACAUACCCACACCCACAGCUCAGUCCGAGUAGGACCGAGCCGCCCGUGCCGCCGCCGUCCUGCCCCCUCGCUGUGGCGGUGGCGCCGGCCGGGGCCCCUCCCCGCCCUCUGAGCUGCCCCUUCCUGAUGACCCAGCCGAAACUGGUCACCGACCCGCCCCGACGGACGGCCUGAAGCACCCCGAUCCCUGAUGACCUGGCCGGACUUGGCCCUGCCUCCUGAUUGUCCCGUCAGAGACCGGAUUGUGAGAGAUGUCAUCUGUUAGCUCACCGACACACAGAUUCCAGGCUGACAGUGAUGAUCCGCUCACACUGAGUUCGCCGCUGCGUGGGCGACUGUGCAAACCUGUUCGAACGAACGCUGGACGCACGUUGGUGACUGUCCAUCCAUACCGACCCGUGGUGCUGCGCCGGUUUUGACGGGACAAGUUGCGCCGCUGGCUGCUAUUGACCGGGUCACAGUGACCUAAUUACCGGCACAGUGACCCGUGACAUGUCAGUAGCAGCAGCGGCGCGACACGCGUGCAGAGUUGAUGCUUUAGUGGGUAGGUAAAAAGACAAUAAAAAUCUACAAAACAGGCUCCAGCUGGAGAGCAUUGUGAUAACAAAACGAGUAUUGUUCCUCAGAAACCCCGAGAGGGAUAUAUGUAUAUUGCAGAUAUAUAUUGAGUGCUGGGAACUGGACUAUGUUAGCGCCGAACUCAUUGUUGUAGUUGUUUUGUUUUCUGUCACAUUACAAGUGCCUUACUAGUCAAUUAUCACACAAACCUCGGCCGAAACCAUGUACUUACAUCGGAUUGUUAUAACCUAUGACCAUUGUGAGCAAUACACGAGUGAAACGCAUUGA